AUGAUCGGGCUCUUCGCUAAUGAAGGCUGGAACCGGUUCCAGGCCCCUUGUGCCGUGGCCGCCGCCGGGCUGUGGUCUUCCAGGUCGGCUCCAGGCUUACAUAAAGCGCCGGGCCUCAGCUUCAAGUGGUUGUCAACCUUUAGAACUAUCCCAAUCAACAAGAGCCAUCCUCAGAGCUCUCCUGUUUUCCAGUUCGGACUGGAAGGUAAAAAGUUGGCCCCUCUCCAAGACAAAAGGCCCCCCAGAACUCAUUAA